GAUCUCCAUUCGCCGUACUUUUCGAGUACUGAAAUCGAAUUAGUUUAGAGCACAGGCUCAAGAUUAAUAUGGAAGUCGGAUGAUAGCAAAGUAAUCGGACGUUUACUCUACACGUAUGUCAGCGCUUUACUUGCAUCAGACGACUGGACAAACAUUACUGAACAAUGUUUGGGUGCAUGCUGUCGUGGUACCAGGAAAAGAUUGCUUUGUAUGACAAACAGCAAUGGGAGGCAAAUGUGGAGGAAAACGUUUCCAUGGGGCUGAGAUACAUUACAAAGAAGUCUGGAAGGAUAAAGACAGAACUCAUUGAUGUAGAUCUUGUCAGAGGCUCGAGUUUUCCAAAGACAAAGCCCAAGCAUGGCUGGCCAGUCAUUGCCAAACGCGGGCUGCUCAGAGUACUGCUGCUCCCCAUCUUCUACAAAUGACUCCUUACAGCUCGUCUCACUCAUGCUCUUCUUCACGUCUCCUGCUAACCAGCAACAGUUGGUGACCUGCGCUGAGGUGCUCUGUCCGGUACUGCUCAUGGCUGUCCUCGGGGCUCUGCACUCUCAGAUCGUGUCGACGCACCACGCUAAGGCAAAGACAACCCCGACCAGCACAAAGACAAGACACCUUCCUCACAGAGCAGGAAGUCCUCCUCGAGUGGCACCAGCCGACGAAAGAAGGGCGGCGCGGCUCUCUCCUCACAGGAUGCAUCGCAGAGCUGAGGUGAGCGAAGGUAUGGGCAGGAUGAAGGUUUACAGGAAAGCGUUCCGAUUCCAGUCUUCGAACCAAGGUGAUUAAGAAUCACCAUCAAAGGGUGGAUGCGCAGCAAUAUCGAUCUG